AUGGACCUUAUUGGUGUGGACCCUGACAGAUGGACCUUACUGGGGUGGACCCUGACACUGGACCUUACUGGUGUGGACCCUGACAGUGUGGACCUUAUUGGUGUGGACCCUGACAGAUGGACCUUAUUGUUGGACCUUAUUGGUGUGGACCCUGACAGCGUGGACCUUAUUGGUGUUGACCCUGACAGUGUGAACCUUAUUGGUGUGGACCCUGACAGCGUAGACCUUAUUGGUAUGGACCCUGACACUGUGGACCUUAUUGGUGUUGACCCUGACAGUGUGGACCUUAUUGGUAUGGACCCUGACACUAUGGACCUUAUUGGUGUGGACCCUGACAGAUGGACCUUACUGGUGUGGACCCUGACACUGGACCUUACUGGUGUGGACCCUGACAGUGUGGACCUUAUUGGUGUGGACCCUGACAGAUGGACCUUACUGGUGUGGACCCUGACACUGGACCUUACUGGUGUGGACCCUGACAGUGUGGACCUUAUUGGUGUGGACCCUGACAGUGUGGACCUUAAUGAUAUGGACCUUAUUGGUAUGGACCCUGACACUGUGGACCUAAUUGGUGUUGACCCUGACAGUGUGGACCUUAUUGGUAUGGACCCUGACACUGUAGACCUUAUUGGUGUGGACCCUGACAGUGUGGACCUUAUUGGUGUGGACCCUGACACUGUGGACCUUAUUAGUGUAGACCCUGUUCCCUGUCAGUCUCGACUUUGUUAG